UAUGCAAAAGUGUGUUGCGGUCUUAAAAAAGAGCGCCGGAUGUCAACAUAAAAAGGCACCUUAAUCCGAUAAUGGAGUAUAAUAAUACGGCGCGUUACUCGAAAGUAUAAUAUGUGUAUCUUCUCAUCUCACUUCAGCAGAUGAUUUUGUGGAAAAGAACGUCUGCAGAAAUAUCAGGUGCGAUCUCGAUGCAAUUUUCAAGACAACCGCGUUUCGCGAUGAUUAAUUUAAAAGCGAAAUUAGGCAUUAUGAGGCCUCGGAGAUUAUUGGCGAGCAAUUACGAAAUAUCAUCUCUGACCUCGACAACGUGAUGGGACAUGUUACGUCGGAUCGUACGAUGCAGCAGCAGAUGUCCGGUGAUAGCACAACAUGGAAUCCAUUAGACGUGUUCAAGAAUGGUACACAUUGCGAAUACGCGAUAAUCGUAUUGAAUCGUCCCAUACGCUGGCAGCACAACGUACUACUUCGAUUUUGGCAAAAAGCUCGAAUCACCGUCACUGUGGAUGGUGGAACACAGAGAUGGCUGAAGUAUCUGGAAGAACAGGGAAUAAACGCAUUGAACAUUGAGCACAAGCAUUAUGUACCGGAUCUCAUCACAGGGGAUAUGGAUAGCUGUCUACCUUAUAUUGUUGAGAAGUUUAAAAGUAUAGGAUCCACUGUCAUCAAGACACCUGAUCAGGAUAAUACAGAUUGUACCAAAGCUUUGCUGGAAGUUGCACACUAUGCUAAGACGCACAACAUAAAUUUAGAUGAAGUAUAUGUACUUGCAGAAACAUCAGGCAGGUUUGAUCAUAUCAUUGCCAACGUCAAUACUCUAUACAAAAGUGACAAGCUUGUGGGAAAUACACGGGUGAUACAACUUGCAAGCAAUUCUAUGACAUGGAUAUUAAAACCUGGUAUGCAUAGCAUACAUAUACCAGAAAUUUUGGUUCAACAGAAAUCUUGGUGUGGUUUAUUACCAUUUGGUUGUAUCGUCAAUUGUAUAUCAACGACUGGUUUGAAAUGGAAUUUAAAUAAAACAACUAUGCAAUUUGGCGGUUUGAUAAGUACUUCAAAUACUUAUGUAGAUUCCAAAGUGACUGUGGAUACAGAUACGCCGGUAAUUUGGACCAUGGGUAUAGAAUUUCUAGGGAGAGUAUAAAUGAAAUAUCUGUAAUGUUAUUCUGCUAAUGUAAUUAUAAGAUAAUAACGCGGAUAAAUGAUGCAAAUUUAGACAUGGUUUAAGUCAAAUGCUAAAUAUUAGCUAAAGUUAAACUUAAAAUGUUUGAUUUGAAUAGUAAUAAUAAACUAAAAUGACAAUUUUUUAUUUUAAAAAUCAGUUUUAAAUAAGAGUGCUUUCUAGAAACUUAUAUAGGCGACAUUGUAACACAGUGUAUGAUACGAAUGGGCGAUACAAUGCCAUUAUUUUAAAUAUCGAUACUUUUUCUGACAUUUUGUUUUUCGAUAUUGAUGUGUAUCAAUAUUUAAAUAGGAAUAUUGAACUUCUGAUACGAUGACAUGAAGCCUAUGUUAAUGUAGUAUGGAUUGAUAUUAGAUUGCAAGUUGACCAAUCAGAGCAAAAUUACUAAAAACUUUAAAUUAGUUUAGUGCAUUCGGGGAGAUGCUAUUAGCGUUAUUUUUGUCAUUUUUUUUCCUCGUUUAUUAGACAAUAAGGAUGGAAUCAAAGAAGGAAAUUUCCUUCCUUAUAGAGGGUAUAGAGUUUUCCCAUACCUCAGAUCUUCUGAAAUGGAUGUUGAAUUUCAGAAUUCGGUGUUUAAAAAAAAUUGUCAAUUUUUACAAAUUUAAAAAAAUUUUAAGUGAUUUGACAAAAACCAGUAUUUGAUGGUUAGGGUGUAUAUGAAGAAAUAUAAAUUUACAUAUACAACAAAAGAAUAAAGAUAAAAUAUUUGUUAUUUUGAUAUCCUCUCCCCGUUUAGAUGAGUACUUCCCAUUAAAGUCAAAAGUUUCCAUCACUGAUUAGAACGACAUGAAGAAUAGUGCUAAUAGUAUUUCCCCGAAUGCAUUUUAUGUCUUCUGCUCAAGAGCAUAUUCGAAUUCCAGCCUUUUUAUUUUACUUUAGCGGUAAAUAAAUUAGUGUAUGACUAUGUUCCAUUGUUGGAAAACAUCCUAAUUUUCUGAUGGCUUUGGCACCAUUGUGGCAUUUGUGGAAUCUCUACUUAAAAUAAUGUGUGAUAGUAAUUGAAUUAUUUUUAUU